UAAGUAAGCUACACAAGAGAGCGCACAGGGGCAGGGAGCUAGACGCAGUCGCUUGACUUGCUGUGGAAAUGUAUUGAUAACUAGAAACAUUUAUUCGAACUUACGUCUGAUUUUUCUUCACAACGCCAACUUGAAAAUUAUCAAAUUAACAACAAAAUUAUUCUCGCACAUUUCACUUUUGCCUGGACGAUGGAAGGAAGAGUAUCUACAGACAAGACAAGACAGCAACGCGACGCAGAAUUAUAUGGAUUAUAAUGCUACAUAUUCAUCUUCUCCAGGCUGCAUUUAAAGCUCUCUGUUGGCUGUGACUGGCCCAUAGCUAACUUUCACCAAUCAAUCUGACCUCCAUCUUGGUUCAAACUCUCUGGCAGCUAGCUGUCUGUCUUCUACUUUCAUGUAGGUGUUCCCAAUCUAACAUUAACAUUAGUUACUAUCAUUUUCCACAUAAUUCAGGCCAGAAAAAUGGACCCCCCUAACUCGGUCUCUAACUCCCCUUCCCCUGGGCCCUCCCACACGCUCCCUCUAGUUCCCAAUGCAUCUCUGCCCUCUUCCUCACCAUCUCUCUCCCCAUCCCCGAGCCUCGUCUCCACAGCCCUCUUCUGCUCCCUGCUCUCCCUCAUGGCCCUCCUGGGUAUUUGUGGGAACCUGUACACCUUGGGGCUCCUUUUGCAACGCAGAAGAGGGAGGCGACGUCAUGGCAGGUCCUGCUACUGUGUGGGGGGGCUCUGUCCCACUAUCUUACCACGUUGCUCCCCAGUCUCCUCUCUACCUUCCCCCUCCAUGUCAUCUUCCUCCUCCUCUUCGUCUCUUUACCGCCAGGUCUUGAGCCUGGCUUUGGCAGACCUCCUCUACCUUUCCACCACCCCCUUCAUCGUAUACGACAGCCUAGCUGCUGACUGGGCUUUUGGGGAGCUGGGCUGCCGGCUUCUGCUUAGCCUGGAUCUUCUCACCAUGCACGCCAGCAUUUUCACCCUCACCGCCAUGAGCCUGGACCGCUACAGGGCCGUGGCAGAUCCCCUGGCCACCUCCUCCUCCCCGUCUUCAGGUCUGCUGAGGGUCGUGCUCGCUUGGGGGUUGGCCGUGGCGUUGAGUCUUCCCAUGAUGAUUACACUCCACCUGGAAGAUGGGGGCACCCAUGACGGCAAGCUUUGUGUACCCGCGUGGGAUGAGCAAAGUUCCAAGGCCUACAUGAGCAUCCUCUUCUGCACUAGCAUCCUAGGACCAGGACUGGCCAUUGGGGGCCUGUAUGCCGCUUUGGGCCGCCUCUACUGGGUGUCCCAGACCCACCCUCCAUGUGCGACUGCAAGCAGCUGUCCCCCCCGUACUCCCCGCCCCAAGGUGCUGCUCCUGAUCCUGGGCAUAGUCCUUGCUUUCUGGGCCUGUUUCCUGCCCUUCUGGAUCUGGCAGCUCCUGCCGCUCUACCGGCCGGAUGUGUUGAGGUCCAUCCCGACCAGCACUCAGGUCACGGUUAACAGGAUCCUCACGGGGCUGACCUACGGGAACUCGUGUGUGAACCCCUUCUUCUACACGCUGCUGACGGGCAAACACAGGCGUUACCGACAGACGCUUACUUCAGGAGCCCAGCUGUGCCGCAAGGGCAGCCCGUCGCAAUGAUGUCCGCCAACUGCAAGGGAGAACUACUCAGUACCAGCUUACCAGGGAAGAAACCGAUUAUAUCUGCUAGAAACCUCCUUGACACACACAACGAGACUGGUAACAGUAGCUCCCAUGAGAAGAAAUGGCAGGCGACAUGUCGAGCAGCCAGUCGCCAUCUAACCCAGUGGCUAGAGGGUCAGAUGAGGACACCUUUGUUAUUCUUCCACUCUACCUUCCUUCCCAAAUCCUCAAGCAUUCAACCCCCAAAAAAAUCUGCGAGUCAGAUAUUUCGUCAUAAAAUUCUUGUUCUCUUGGCCUUUGAAUAAGUUACAGCAGUGCUAAGUUUGCUGAUUAGCUUGUAUUGGCCUGAGUAUGGAACAGAGAGGGAGAGAGAACAAGUAAAAUCCAAAUGCUCCAUUCUUUCAGAAUGAAGGUGCUUAUUCUGGGCUUUAACUCGGUCCAAGGUUGCACUGAAUUUUCCUCUCACCUUUCCCUCAUACGGCCUUUCCUUGUAAUCUUUAAAUAACACCCAUGAAACAUACUUAAACUAUUUUGUAUGCCAUGUGAUUUAUUUCCUCCUUAAAUAUAAUUGUGUGGUGGUCAUUGCUUGCCUUCUGAUUUGAUUGUUUUGUGCUCUGUUAAUUAGCCUGUAAAAAUCACAUAGCACACAUUGUGCAUAAUAUUAACUGUACAAUCAGAGCAUUACCAUGAAGGGAAGGUGACAGGGGUGCAGUGUCUCAGAAAUCAGUACUUGGCUUGAACCAUUAAUAAGUUUCUUACGCUUCUGCAAGGCCAAACAUUAAAUUAGAUUUUAUUGCUUCUGUUCAAGCCUCUGAUUUACGGUAAGGGAACAAAAAAAUGUGCAGAGUGUAGUAGGCAAAUACCAGCAAAGUCUGGGCAAUACACUAUGUGUGUCUGGUGUAUUUUAUUUAAGGUCCAGAACUCAGCAGCCAAUUGCCUUUUUGCACCCAAGUAACUGUAUGGGGCCCCAGGAUGACAGAGAGGACACUGCGAACUGUUACUGUGUGAGCUUAAUGUCACAUCUGAUCUCCUUCCACACUAUGUGAAAUCUGUACAGUUGUGCCACAGCUCAUAAAAUAUUCAUGGAGACAAGGGCUAUGUUUCUCCUGUUAGGUAUUUAAAGGUUAAACUCCUUGAGCCCAAUGGCAUAUCCACAAAUAUUGAAGCUAAAGAUUUUUAAUUAGAAAUAUAUUUAUAUAUGUGCAUGUGUUUUACAUUUUAUUUGCCAUGCAAUAUAUUGCAUGGAGACUACAUUCUGUAACUACCUUUGUAAAGUUUGAUGUACAGUAUAUAAUGUAUGAUCUGAAAUAAAUACAAAUUAAAACAAAACAGGACCUACUGGACUUGGAGAAAACUGUGUUGUGGGCUUUCUGUUGCUAUGGGGUGAGAUGGACAGGGUGA